UGCAAGUGCAGAGAUGGGUCAUGCACAAUCGGGAUAGAAAAAGAAAGGCUGCCCCCAAGUGGUGAAACUGAAAUCAGAACCCGGAAAUGGGUGGUGAAAUUAGGACGUUGUAGGACACGGUUUGUCCUCUUCUUACUCGUAGUUAAAGAACUUUUAACCCCUACUUUAAUUUUAAAGUGGCAUGGAGCAUGUAUCAGACAAGAUGCCUUUGACUGAGCCACAACGGAUAAGACAGGAGUGAAGAGACCUCCCCGCCCCUAACAGUCACACUUGGACAAACCCAUCAUGUUGGUGACAGCCUACCUGGCCAUGGUGGUCCUACUGGUGCUAUGUGUCGGACUGGAGCUAACGGCACGUCGCCUCACCCCACCUCAACCCACCCCCUCUGCCAUGGGCACCAACCCUGCCUUCCGUAGGUUCCAGACCGUGUUCCUAAGAGGCUACCUCUUAGCCUUGUCGGCUGACUGGCUGCAGGGGCCAUACCUCUACAAGCUCUACCGCCAUUACAGCUUCCUGGAGUCCCAGAUAGCCAUCCUGUAUGUCGUUGGCCUGGCCUCCUGUGUGCUGUUUGCCCCUGUGGCUAGCUGGCUUCCUCAGGUCCUGGGGCGGAGACGGACCUGCCUGCUCUUCUGCGUGGCCUACUCAGCCUGUUGCCUCACCAAGCUGUCCCGUGACUACUUUGUCCUGAUCCUGGGUCGCGUGCUAGGAGGCCUGUCCACCUCUUUGCUCUCCACAGCCUUCCAUGCCUGGUACGUGCACCGACAUGCUGACGUCCACGACUUCCCUAAAGAAUGGAUCCCCAGUACCUUCACCAAGGCUGCUAGCUGGAACCACGGGCUAGCGAUGGGGGCUGGGCUGGUGGCGAACAUGUUGGCUGAGUGGCUCCACCUGGGGCCUGUGGCGCCCUUCCUCCUGGCCGUGCCCUGCCUUGGGGCCUGUGGCUGGGUGGUGCUGACUGAUUGGGGCCUGGAGGAGAAGGAUGGAAGCCUGGAAGGGGACAACAAGAAGCCCUUGCUCGGUCCUUCUAGUUCAGCACCUCUGGCCCGGGCUUCUGCACGGGCCCGGUUCUGGCGCAGCUGUCAGGAAGGCCUCCGCUGUCUCUUAUCAGACAGACGGGUGAUGCUUCUAGGAGGAGUCCAGGCUCUAUUUGAGAGUGUCCUCUAUAUAUUCAUCUUCCUGUGGACCCCCGUCCUGGACCCCUAUGGCCCUCCGCUGGGCAUGGUCUUCUCCUGUCUGAUGGCAGCCAGUAUGGCGGGGUCCCUGCUCUACCGCCUGGCCACCUCCACCCGCUACCGCCUCCAGCCUGGGCACCUCCUCUGCUUCUCCAUGCUGCUUGCCUUUUUCUCCUUCUUCAUGCUCAUCUUUUCCACUGCACCGGGCCAGCCCAGACCCCGCGAGUCCCUGCUGGCCUUCCUGCUGCUGGAGCUGGCCAGUGGCCUCUACUUCCCUGCUGUCAGCUUCCUCCAUGGGAGGGUGAUCCCAGAGGAGAAGAGGGCUGGGGUGCUGGUCUGGUUCAGGCUGCCUCUGCACCUUCUGGCCUGCCUGGGGCUACUGGCGCUCCACAGGGAGGUGUCGGGGACCGGAGGGGGCGAGGGCGGUAGUGGAACCAGGCAUAUGUUUGGUGGUUGUGCUGUUUUGAUGCUAGCUGCACUCUUGGCUGUGGUCAGUCUCUUUACACUGGGAAGGAAUGAUGUGGAUCUCAGACUGGAUGGGCCCAAAGGAGAGGGAGAUAAUUGACAUUUAGAUUCAGAAAACUGAACUGUCCCAACAUUGGACAAUGCCAUGGAGGAGGAGGACUAGGAAUACACUUACUGCUUUGUUUACAGCGAUGAAGACUUGUUUGGGAACUAAACAACUUUUGUAUGACUGAAAACUGAAGCUUAAUCAACAUAGGAGUUGCAAAUAUAAGACAAUGAUUUAAAAUAAUCUGGUGUUGGUAAAAGGUAUAUAUUUUUUGUUGCAAGAUUUCCUGAUAUUUAUUGGUUUUAAUUUUGUUAAGACUAGCAAAUAUCUUGUUAGAUUGUUGAGUAUAUGAAGAAAAUGUGUUUUUAUUUGGAUUUACUAUGUGGCGGUCUGCAUCUUCUCAAGGGGUUGGGUUAAAUGCAGAAGAUACACUUUGGUUGAAUGCAUUCAGUUGUGCAACUUACUGAUUUCUUUAAACACACACACACACACACACUCUGACACACUUGCUUGUGUAUUAAUGUUGCACCAGUUGGUAGCUCCAGGAUGUUAUUUAUAUCUCAGCCUGACCACGUUAUAGGGUUUAUCAACUGCAUUGUUCAGGGUGUACCUCUCAGCCAGGGCAGAACAAGGCUUCCAUCACUAGCGUUGUUCAGGGUGUACCUCUCAGCCAGGGCAGAACAAGGCUUCCAUCACUAGCGUUGUUCAGGGUGUACCUCUCAGCCAGGGCAGAACAAGGCUUCCAUCACUAGCGUUGUUCAGGGUGUACCUCUCAGCCAGGGCAGAACAAGGCUUCCAUCACUAGCGUUGUUCAGGGUGUACCUCUCAGCCAGGGCAGAACAAGGCUUCCAUCACUAGCGUUGUUCAGGGUGUACCUCUCAGCCAGGGCAGAACAAGGCUUCCAUCACUAGCGUUGUUCAGGGUGUACCUCUCAGCCAGGGCAGAACAAGGCUUCCAUCACUAGUACAGCUGCUUGCUCCAGCAGAAAUAUCACCCACUCUAAUAUCACAUAACAAGUACUUCAGUGUAUCAAUUCAGUUUCAGCUGUAACUUUGCAAUCAAUUGACAUUACACAUUGUCAGUGUAAGGAACAUACACUGCUCAAAAAAAUAAAGGGAACACUAAAAUAACACAUCCUCGUUCUGAAUGGAUGAAAUAUUCUUAUUAAAUACUUUUUUCUUAACAUAGUUGAAUGUGCUGACCACAAAAUCACACAAAAAAUGAUCAAUGGAAAUCAAAUUUAUCAACCCAUGGAGGUCUGAAUUUGGAGUCACACUCAAAAUUAAAGGUGGAAAACCACACUACAGGCUGAUCCAACUUUGAUGUAAUGCCCUUAAAAUAAGUCAAAAUGAGGCUCAGUAGUGUGUGUAUGAUCUCCCUACAACGCCUGGGCAUGCUCCUGAUGAGGUGGCGGAUGGUCUCCUGAGGGAUCUGCUCCCAGACCCGAACUAAAGCAUCCUGGACAGUCUGUGGUGCAACGUGGCGUUGGUGGAUGGAGGGAGACAUGAUGUCCCAGAUGUACUCAAUUGGAUUCAGGUCUGGGGAACGGGCGGGCCAGUCCAUAGCAUCAAUGCCUUCCUCUUGCAGGAACUCCUGACACACUCCAGCCACAUGAGGUCUAGCAUUGUCUUGCAUUAGGAGGAACCCAGGGCCAACAGCACCAGCAUAUGGUCUCACAGGGGGUCUGAGGAUCUCAUCUCGGUACCUAAUGGCAGUCAGGCUACCUCUUGGCGAGCACAUGGAAGGCUGUGCGGCCCCCCAAAGAAAUGCCACCCCACACCAUGACUGACCCACCGCCAAACCGGUCAUGCUGGAAGAUGUUGCAGGCAGCAGAACGUUCUCCAUGGCGUCUCCAGUCUGUCACGUCUGUCACAUGUGCUCAGUGUGAACCUGCUUUCAUCUGUGAAGAGCACAUGGCGCCAGUGGCGAAUUCGCCAAUCUUGGUGUUCUCUGGCAAAUGCCAAACGUCCUGCACGGUGUUGGGCUGUAAGCACAACCCCCACUUGUGGACGUCGGGCCCUCAUACUACCUUCAUGGAGUCUGUUUCUGACCAUUUGAGCAGACACAUGCACAUUUGUGGCCUGCUGGAGGUCAUUUUGCAGGGCUCUGGCAGUGCUCCUCCUGCUCCUCCUUGCACAAAGGCGGAGGUAGCGGUCCUGCUGCUGGGUUGUUGCCCUCCUACGGUCUCCUCCACGUCUCCUGAUGUACUGGCCUGUCUCCUGGUAGCGCUUCCCUGCUCUGGACACUACGCUGACAGACACAGCAAACCUUCUUGCCACAGCUCGCAUUGAUGUUCCAUCCUGGAUGAGCUGCACUACCUGAGCCACUUGUGUGAGUUGUAGACUCCGUCUCAUGCUACCACUAGAGUGAAAGCACCGUCAGCAUUCAAAAGUGACCAAAACAUCAGCCAGGAAGCAUAGGAACUGAGAAGUGGUCUGUGGUCACCACCUGCAGAACCACUCCUUUAUUGGGGGUGUCUUGCUAAUUGCCUAUAAUUUCCACCUGUUGUCUAUUCCAUUUGCACAACAGCAUGUGAAAUUUGUCAAUUAGUGUUGCUUCCUAAGUGGACAGUUUGAUUUCGCAGAAGUGUGAUUGACUUGGAGUUACAUUGUGUUGUUUAAGUGUUCCCUUUAUUUUUUUGAGCAGUGUAUAUUAUGAAUGGUUUGUUGUGGAGCAAUAUCAGAUAAUUUCAUCAUGAUUUCCUUUUUUUUCAAUAGCUGUUAUAGAAACAGAACUUGUAUGGGGCUUGUCAGACCUGAAUACAUCUUGGAGAGGCAUUGGUACUUGCCUUAUUCUUAAAUCCUUGUCCUCCAGGACCUUCAGUAAAACAGGACAUCUUGUAAAUAUCUAAUAAAUAAGAUUUUAAUACCCUC